UCUCUGCACACUCCACUACAGUUCUGCAGCCUCACAGUGAUCACCUACACACCAGAGAACCAAAAUAAACGUGUGGAGUGUGUGUCUCAAGGAAACUCGCUGAAGAAAUGGCUGGAACAACAUUCAUCAAAUCCUGCAUUAUUGUCUUCUUGCUUUAUCAUAUGACAUUGUGUCAGGAUUGCUCCCAGCCCUGUGACUGCCCGGCCGAGACCCCUCUAUGCCCUGUAGGGACCAGUCUAGUCCUAGACAGCUGUAGCUGCUGUAAGGUGUGUGCCCGACAGUCAGGUGAGCCCUGCUCUCUCCUGGAGCCAUGCGACCAUCAUAAGGACCUGUAUUGCGACUAUGGCGUCCUCAGUGACACUGAGAUGGGCAUCUGCAUGGCUCAAGAGGGUCAGACAUGCGACCUGGGUGGUGUGAUCUACCGCAGUGGUGAGACAUUUCAUCCCAGCUGCAAGCAUCAAUGUGUGUGCAUGAAUGGGGAGAUCGGAUGUGUGCCAACCUGUGCCAACAACAUACUACUGCCCUCUCCGGACUGCCCCUACCCACGACGUAUCCAGAUCCCCGGCAAGUGCUGUGAGGAGUGGGUGUGUGACCAGAUCCCUCAAGAAGACUCCUUCCAGUCAGCAAUGGCUGGUAGGUCGACCGUUUAUAGAGAAGUGUCUCAGGGUGUUCUGCCUGAGAGCGCACGGGACAACUGCAUCGUUCAAACUACUGAAUGGAGUGAGUGCUCUGCCACUUGUGGAAUGGGCUUGUCUUCUCGCGUAACCAAUGACAACGAGCGUUGCCAGCUGGAACGACAGACACGCAUUUGCAUGAUCCGCCCCUGCCAUGCAGAACUGGAGAAGGACAUCAAGAGAGGCAAGAAGUGUGUGCGUACCCCAAAGAGCCAGCGCGGGAUGCGUUUUGAGCUGUCUGGAUGCCAGAGUGUCAGGGUGUAUAAGCCAAAGUUCUGCGGGGUGUGUACAGACGGCCGCUGUUGCACGCCCCACGCCACCAUCACAGCCGAGGUGGAGUUCCGCUGUCCCGAGGGAGACUCUUUCAGGAGGAAGAUGAUGUUCAUUAAGACCUGCUCCUGCCAUUAUGACUGUCCACGGGAGAAUGAUAUCUUCCUCGCCUCCAACUCACGGAGAAUGACUGGGGACUAUGAUAAUGACAUGUGAGAAGCUGUCUAGUGUAACACACGCACCCACACACACUGACAGUCUAGCACAUGUCCACACGAGGCAGCUCCGUGUUUUACUGGACCCUGAGAUUCUCACUUCCUGUGAGCAUAAAAAUCUCGAAUGUUUGACUUUAAGUGGGCCUUGACUCUGACUCCACUGAACUUUUAUUCUUUUUUUGUGUUUUGUGAAGCUCUGAAGUUAUCUUGCUGUUUGACUGGUCAUAUAUAGACUAUGACAGACCCUAAGCACUGAAAACUAGACAUUAUGGACAAUGAGUUCAUAUACACUUAUACAAGUUUAUUUCAAGAAGUUUUUCCUCAAUACAGGAAUACAUUGAAAUGACUCAUGUAAUCAUACAAUUUAUAUGUAUUUUUUUAUGUUUCAUUUGCAAAUUGUCGUUAGGGCAUCAGUAUUUACAAUGAUUUUUAUUAUAAAAUGAGCAAUAGUGUUUAACGACUGACCCUAAUAACUCACUUUCAAUGUUUAUAUAUAAUUUAAGCCAAUUUGUCAAGCAUUAAAAUCCAUUGCGAGUCCCAAAGUUAUUUGGGAAUAAAAUAAUCCACUACGAAUGAGGCAAUUAUAUGGUUUACUGUUUAUUUAUAUAGAAAAUGAAUGGAAAGUAAUUCAACAAUGACAAAUACACCUUGUGUAAAUACUGUUAGAAGACCGUGUACAGUUUUGUACUAAUUUAUGUAAGUGUUGUUUAACUCUUCAAUGUAGUUUUGAAUUUGUACUGUAUUACUCUGUGUUCAUUGUAAUCGCCUGGCAAUGAUCCCAGUGAAGUCUUUUCUGAUGCACUUUUAUUUGUUUUUCCAAUAAAGAAAUUAUAUUUUUAUAAAUA